CACUCACAUGCAGAGGUUAGUGGGAGUGUUCAAAGGCUGGACAGACAGUCAUAUUCAAACUGAGUUCAGGGACUGUUUCAUUUAGUGCUGCUCUCUGAUCGACCAUGAAGCUGUAUGUGAUCCUUUUACUGUGUGCUCUGUUCACCAUCAUCCAACAGGCAUCUUCACAAAAUAAGUGUACGUGUGAGUUGACUAAUUCAGAGAAGGCAUUCCCUCAUGACAAACUCAGCACAGUGGAGGGCAAUGCAUCAAAAUGCAACAGCAACAUCACCCCACAGAAGACUCUGGAGCUGGAGAGUCUGCUGCUGGGUUUGGAGCGACGUCUGCCCCAGCUGCAGGAAGAUGUGUCGAUGCUGGAGAGGGAGGAUGACGGAGACCUCUACGCAGUUCUCAGCCUGUAUGUGAUAGAGAAUGAACUGAUGGAGAUCAAGCAGCUCAUUGACAGGCUCAACAGCACCACCAAGGCACACCAGGGUCUGACUGCUGACACCACUGAACAGCUGAAGAACCUGAGAGCAGAGAUGCAGAAGCUGGAGACAUACGACACCAUGCAGGUGGUGAAAGGACAACGAGACAACAAGCAUCUGAACAGCGAACUACAAAGGUGCAAAAAUGGACCUCUCCCCACCACCCAACCCACUCAACCUCUACAUGGUAAAUGUCCCCACGGUCAAUUUCGGAACAUUACUGGCCCGAGGGUGUACACAGCAGGAGAGUACCCUGGCUCCUAUGCUUAUGGAGCCUGGGGUCGGGAUCCCAAACCAGCGGUGGGAAAGGAGAGCUGGUAUUGGCUGGUAAUGAUGACCUCCAGCAACAGAUACGCCAACUACAUCCGUCUCUACUCUAGCCUGAGCUCUCUCAUUGUUGGGGUGAGCGCCCCAGGUAAUGUCCAGAUCCACUCCUCUAACCCAGCCACCAACACUAUCCAGGGUCCGAAUGUUGUGCUGUAUGGAGAGGCCUUGUACUACAACUGUUACAACCAAGAUGAUGUUUGUCGAUUCAACCUCACCACCAAAACUAUCACCACCUUACAACUACCCAAAGGCACCAGGUUUAACUCAAAGGGUAACUUCUGCCACCUUGAGGAAUGCUACCCGUUCACCGACCUGGACCUGGCAACAGAUGAGUCAGGUGUUUGGGUGAUCUAUACCACAAACCAGGACUUUGGCAACCUGGUGCUGUCCAAGGUGGAGGAGGGUGAACCAAUGACUCUUGGCCAGACCUGGCACACCUCGGUCUACAAGCAGGGGGUGACCAACACCUUCAUGGCCUGUGGCGUGCUCUACGCAACACGGUAUGUCAACAAAACCAUGGAGGAGAUCUUCUAUGCAUUUGACACCACGACGGGGGUAGAAAGGUUCAACGUUGGAGUUUUCAUCAACAAGAUGACUCCCAACAUUUAUUCCCUGAACUACAGCCCUGUGGACCAGAUGCUACAUGUCUACUGUAACUCCUACAUGGUCUCCUAUAAGGUCUUGUUUUGGUAG